ACCAGCAUGGAGCACCAGCUAGCACUACAAUUCAUAAAAUAGCUUAAGUUACAUGUCUAUUUUGUACAUGCAUUGAGACGAAGUGAUUUCCGUGGGUGAUAUCCAUUCCAUUGACAAUGAUCCGGGCGAAUCCCUCUAUUCUGCACUGGAUGACAGACAUUUAUUAGAACUGGUAUUCCUUAUCGGUUCCUCGGGCCGUGAGCUCUAAACACCUCUUUUAAGAAAGAAAUGUUUAACAAUCAAUUUAAAGUCAGCCCCAUUGUAAUUAACAGCAGAUUUUAUUCUUAACACCAAAAGGUUUGAUCCCAGCUUUGUGGUUUUUAACGAAAAUGAAGAUGAUACCCUCGGUUUACAUUUGAGUUCAUAUGUGUUCUGUGUGAUCAAAAAUGAAGAAGUAUCUGCACAUUUGGAGGGCAUAUUUUGUAAUAUUUUUUAUGUACCAGGCUAACUCAUGGUCUUUAAAUAAAAUUUUGAUGACGGGACCAAAAUUUGGAAUAUUAACUGACAACGCAACAGCGCUAAUAUCGUUCUCAUCAAGUAACAAGGGUUAUGGUUUGUUCAUGGAUGCAAUCGGGCAAGGAGCUCAGAAAGCGAUACGAGAAUGUCAAUACCAAUUUCAGUGGGAUAGGUGGAAUUGUGACAUCACUUCCGCUCCACUGUUGCAACGUGGGAAAACUAGAGCGACAAAAGAGACAGCCUUUGUUCAAGCAAUCACUUCCGCCGGGGUCAUGCACGCUUUGACUCGCCAAUGUAGUUCCGGUUUCUAUAACGUAUGUAGUUGUGAUGAAUCCAAGCAAGAUGAAAGAGGAGGGUAUGAUUGGAACUGGGGUGGCUGCAGUGAUAAUGUUAAAGUGGGAGGGAGAGUGACCAAGACUCUCUUAGAUAAUCUAGUGACAAAACGUGAUGAUGCAGCAGUUAUGCACUUACAUAACAACAACGCAGGAAGAAAGGCAGUUACGAGAACAAUGCGUGUUAUGUGUAAAUGUCAUGGCCCAACAGCCUCAUGUACUUUGAAAACGUGUUGGAAGGAGUUGGCAUCUUUCCGAAAAGUUGGACGCCACAUAAAACAAAAAUACCGUCAUGCACUGCAACUCGACCUGCAGGAGAAAAUGAAAGACGAAAAUGACCCCAGGCAGCGCAGAUUACUUCCGGUUCUGCCCGGAGGUAGUUUGGUCUUCAUAGAACAAUCGCCAAAUUACUGUCAUAGGAACGAAGCUGAGGGAAUUCUGGGAACAUUGAAUAGACAGUGUUCUCGUCGUCAUAAGACGAAAAAGGUACCUGGCUCUGAGCGGAAAAGCUGUAGAAAUUUGUGUCGAGCCUGCGGAUAUCGAGUGCAGAAAAGGGCUCUUGAGAUCAACAGCACGUGUGACUGUAAAUUCCAGUGGUGCUGUAGUGUCAAAUGUGAACCCUGUGUUGUCCAAGAAGACAGAUACUAUUGCGUGAUAUAAAAGUGCCUUAUUUUCUUGGAUACCCGAUUUUCCAAGAAAAUUGAUUUUGGCAGCUUUAGGCACAUCCACCAUUUCAUUGCUGGGAAAUAUAACUUACUGGUAUUGACAGUACAAGUAUUUCACACGGUGGUUGAUAUGUGUUGGUCUCUCUGACUAUUGAAAUGUGAUUAACUAUGCAAAGAUUAAGGGUCAUGUUUUAUUUUUAUUUAAGUAAAUCAAAGUUUCAAAUCAUAGAAGAACGUAUACAUGUAUACAAUGGACAUCGUAUUUUGAAUGUCAACAAUAUUUAAUUGAUUAUGGAUGUGAUUUUCUUAUUUUUCAAAACAAAACAUAUUGAAAUGAAAGUACAUGUAUAUAUUUACAAUGUAAAACAAAAUGUGAAAUGUUACUUAUGAUAUCUAUGAGAAAUUUGAAAAGUGACAUGAUAAAUGGUUGAAAAAUAUGAUAGUUUGAUCGUAUUACGAAGAAAAUUAUAUACAAAGAUUCUCAGAUUAUAGACCUCCUACAUCCAUCAUAUACAACUUUAA